GCAUGAAAAGCCUUAUGUCUGUGUUGGUAUUUAAAGUUAUUAUCUCCUUUCUCAGUCUCCUCUUUCCUUUGUAUACAAUUCUAUAUUUUCACAAUCAACUCUCCAUCUCACAUCUGUCUUCUUGAAAGUGAAACAACAUCACAUCAUGGCUGCAUCCGAAGCGAACCAAGCCAAGGUCAAGCUUUACUGGCUCAACAAAUCUCGUUCUCAGCGUAUUCUAUGGCUCCUUGAAGAGCUCAAAGUCCCAUAUGAGCUUGAGAUUUUCCACCGACAGACAGACAAGUUUGCGCCUCCAGAAUUAAAGAAAAUCCAUCCUCUUGGGAAAUCCCCUGUUAUUUCUGUCGAAGUCCCUGGACAGCAGCCUGUCGUGAUUGCCGAAAGUGCGAACAUUGUUGAAUAUCUGCUUGAUCAUUUCUCAAAUGGAAGUACAAUGCUACCUAAAAGAUAUAAGGAGGGGCAAGAAGGUAAGAUCGGAGGAGAGACUGAGGAAUGGCUGAGGUUCAGAUAUUUCAUGCACUAUGCUGAAGGGUCUUUGAUGAGCUUUAUGCUUAUAGCGCUCAUCGCUUUGAACAUCAAGGAAUCCUCGGUUCCUUUCUUCAUCAGACCCAUCACAAAUGCAAUCUCAGGCAAGAUCAGCUCUGGCUUCCUUGAGCCAAACUUCAAGACACAUUUCGAAUUUCUUGAAUCACAGCUUACCACCUCGCCAAACAACGGCAAGUACUUAUGUGGCCCCAACCUCACUGGAGCUGAUAUCUUGCUUUCAUUCCCGUUGAUCGCUGGAAGAGGCAGAGCUGGUUUAACGCAAGCCAAGUAUCCAAAGCUGUAUGAGUAUAUUGACAGACUUCGUGAGGAACCGGGCUACAAAAAGGCAGCCGACAAGAUUAUCGCGAUCGAGGGUAGUUUUGAUGAGACUUUCUAAUCUUGUCUUGUGUUUUGUAGGCCGGUUGAGCCAUUGUUAAUACCCAACUCAAUCUUUUAGUAUAUAGUCAUAUCCAUAAUGCAAACAUGUCCACUCCAGGAAUAUCAACGGCGAAAGAUGUUGAGUUUUUGGUAGCAGGAGAAAUUGAUUGUGACGAGAGCUGAGAAGUCUGAAGUGCGG